AUGGCAGCGUCCACCUCAACAGCCAGGCGAACAUCCCCUACCGCUCUUCGACCGCUGUCGACGGAGCUCGGCUUGUUGGCACGCUCAGAUGCUAGCGCCUCCUUCUCCUUUGGUCCCGUCAGCGUCGUAGCUUCCGUUUCAGGGCCAUCAGAAGUGCGCAUCCGCGACGAACUCACAGACCGAGCAACACUCGACGUCAUCUUUCAACCUCAGCAUGGCGUGGCCGGUAUCCCUGCUCAGGCAGUAUCCGACUCGCUCUUGACCGCUUUCUCCUCCAUCCUGCUGCUUCAUCACCACCCUCGAUCCUUGAUACAGGUAGUGCUGCAAACGCUCUCAUCCCCUCCACUACCACAAUCGUCCGCUCACACAGUCUACACUGACGUAGGAUCGAGCCGACGGCAUGUGGCAAGGCAACCGCUGCUUCUCGGGCCCGACUCCCCGCCUAGCGUCACAGAGCAAGCCGCACUGAUCAACGCUGCAUCAUUGGCGUUGUUGGACGCGGGCAUUCCUGCAAGAGCGAGCGUAGCAGGAUGCGCUUGUGCAAUCCUGCCAGCGACGCAAGGAAUCGUGCUCAGACAGAACAGUCAUCUCUCUGAGAUCUCGGAGACGCAAUUGGCAGGACUGGUGCGCCAGUACCAGCAAGACAAUGGCGAGGGCGACGAUGCUCACAUGGACGAGGACGGCGACGCGAACGGCAUCAAGUCGAACAAGAGAUACACCGGAGAGACCGUUGUACUGUUGGAUCCAACACCCAUGGAGCUUGACUAUGCGCUCAGCACGCAUGUGUUCGCUUUUGCAUUCUCGCAAACGCUCGAUGCACAAGACAAGGAUGCCAGGCCACAAGAGGUCUCGGAGCAGAUCUUGGCCGAGUCGCAAGGUGCUGUUGAUUUGGAAGAUCUCGAGCAGGCCCGCGAGCUGUGCCUACGUGCGUGCUCUGCGGUGGUCGGCUUCAUGCGAACAGCAUUGCGCAAACGUGUACUUUCACAGGUUGCCGUAUGA